AUGGAUUCUUCACCUAGAUCUCUCCAACCAAUAUCAAAUACAAUAAACGACCCUUUGUUUAAAGUAUUCCUUCGAUUACGACCAUCAUCACCACGAUUCUCACUAUCAGAAACUCGUUUCUUGAAUACUGCGCCUGGCCAAUCAUGUAUCUACGUUACGCCGCCGGCAGAUCGGAGCCGGCACAAAGCGACUGAGAAAUUCGCGUUUACAAGGAUAUUUGAGGAAACAAGUGAGCAGCGAGAAAUAUUCGAGGAGACAUUGCUGCCUCUGUUGGAGGGCGCGGUAAUAGGAGGACAGGAUGGAACGUUAGCGACGUUAGGUGUUACUGGGAGUGGGAAGACAUACACGAUACUUGGCAAUGAUAGAGUCAAAGGAAUGACCCAAAUGGCUCUUGAAGUUCUAUUCAAUGCCUUUGGCCACCGCGUGGUUGAUUUUAACAAAGUCGAUCUCCAAACUCUCGAUAAUUCCGAGGCCCUAGUUCUCGACACGCCCACAUUCCACGAGAGGAUGCAAAGUUCCCUAGAUGGCUACUCUUCAAAACGGUCGUCUUUCGCCCAUAUAACAACUCCCAAUAUCCCUUCUGUGUCUGGUAUAAACAUUCCACUACCAGAUAGUACAUCGCGUUAUGGUAUUCUUUUAAGCAUGUAUGAACUCUAUAACGACCGAAUAUUUGAUCUUUUAAUCGAAUCCUCAUCUUCAUCUUCAACUCCCAAGCGAAAGGCUCUAAUAUUCAAAAAACCUUCUACAAUAUCAGCGUGGGAUACAUCAAAAGAGCAGAAAAAGGUGGUUUCGGGUUUACGGAAGGUCUAUGCAGCGAGUUAUGCCGAGGCUUUACAGAUAAUUGAACAUGGUCAAGCCAACAGAACUGUAUCAACUACUCAUACCAAUAAUCCAAGUUCUCGAAGCCACGCUUUCUUGCAAAUCGAAAUCAAGAGGUUCUCAUCGCGAAAUACAGAAAGAGGAAGUGCAAAUUUAUGCAUUGUCGAUCUUGCCGGCUCUGAACGUUCGCGCACCGCAGAAGCAGGAAGCAUAAAUCGUAGCCUGAUGUGUCUUGGUCAAUGUCUCCAGCUCCAAAAUCAAGGCUCCGACAACGGCAAGCCAAGCAUCGUUCCAUGGCGGCAAUCAAAACUAACAGAAUUGUUAUUCAGCAACUCGUUUUCUGGUGCAGGAGGUGGACAAGGCGCGUGUAUGAUUGUGACUGCAGACGCAAUGGGCGAUUUCAGUGCCACCUCCCAGAUCCUCAGAUACUCAGCUCUUGCUCGAGAAGUCUCCGCACCACGAAUAAGUCGCUCCCUCUCGGUGUGCUCGUCCGUGUCCUCAUGCUCAGAGUCGGCCGUCGAUGCGCUUGCUGGAAGUGUUUCUUCUCUUGCUAUUGCCACUGAUCUCACUGUACCUCCCCUCAGCGCUGCACCCGAAGAACCAAGUAAAGACACAAUAAUAGCACGUCUUCUCUCGAAACUCCAUGAAACCGAAUCUCGAUUGCAACUUGCCGAGGAGCGUUGCGAGGCAUUGGAGAACAAAUGUUUGUUCAUUGAGCAGUCUGUACGAGAGGAAGUGGCAGAUGAUAUGGAGUUAAGAUUAGAAGAAGUACGGCGGAGCAUGCUGGAUAGACUGAGGGUAGAGGAAGAAUGGAGAGAAGGUUACGUUGAUGGAAAAAUUGAGAUUAUGAAGCGUGGAAUCCAAGUUCAUAAAGACGCCCCACGAUCUGUAUACCUAAGAAUAGAAGAGCUUGAAGAUGAGAACGAAAGAUUGAGACGGGAAUUAAUGCAGCUGAAACGGGAGGCUGGCAAUAGGAGUCCAAGCAAGGGACAAAUUCCGAGGGAAGUGAGGGAGGCUGGUUAUCGAACACCAAGCAAGGGCCAAGUUGUGAAGGGAAGAAAGGGGUCGAAGCCAUUGAAGGAUGUGUUGAAUUUGGAAGCAUUUCGAGCACUAACGAUCAGUGGGGAGCGGUGA